CUUCUCUUUCCCUCUUUCCUCUUUCCCAUCAUCUCUUCUUUACUCCCCCACUCUCCACUCUUAACUCUCCACUCUUCUCCCAUUAAUCUUCCUCCCCCUGCCCUCGCCUGCCCCUGCCCCAUUCUCCUGUCGUGACCUCUCCUGUCGUGCCCUGUGUCGUCCCGUUCCUGUUCCCUGGAUCUCCCACUUUCCACGUUCUUUUCCUCUACCAUUUAUUUUGCGGCAGCGAUUAGAAUCCCAGAGGAGAAUUUCAACAGCAAAAGGUCCACCUCCGCUUCCACAGGGCCUUACGCGAAGAAUAAAAGCCGGAGAGCAGCAGGCAGACAAGAAGCAAGCAAGUGCGAGAAGCAUCAGUGAAGAAAGUGAAAGUGAAAGUGAAUUUCUUGGUGUUUCAACAAUGUCUGGCGUGUGGAUCUUCAAGAACGGGGUGGCCAGGCUGGUGCCCAACGCCAUUGACGCAACGGAGGAGAUGGAGAGCCAGUCGAAGCGAAAAGUUCUGGUCCAUCUGCCCACAAAUCAGACCAUCACCUCCUACGCAGAUCUCGAGCAAAAGCUCCUCGCCUUGGGAUGGGAGAGAUAUCCCAAUGAAGAUCCCCACCUCCUCCAGUACCACAAGCCCUCCUCUCCUCUCCAUCUCAUCUCCCUCCCAAGGAACUUCUCCAAGUUCAAGUCUAUGCACAUGUACGAUAUCGUCGUCAAGAACAGAUCUUUCUUCGAAGUCCGAGACAUCUCUGCAUAAAAACAUAAUCUCCUUCUCUCCCCCUACCAAAUUACAGUCUCUUCUUUAGCUUAGAUGACCUUUCAAGUAGUUUAGCUCUCCUCCACAAAUACCAAUAUAUCUAUAUUUUACUAUGUUCUCCGUAUCUGCAUCUGAUGCUACAAUAUAUAUAUAUAUAUUUAUAUAUGAGUUAUGGCUUUUAUGUUCUGCAGAAA